UGAUAGAUAUUCGGAACAUGAUUGUGAAUCUACCCUGACUGUCAACCACCACCAACUUGUGUGUUUUACUCAUAACCAACUACGAAUUCCCUGUUGUGUUGUCACGCCCCGCCAACUUGGCAACAGGGAGGGAGGAUUCAGAUUGCGGAUCUUGGCUGGAUGUUUCGCAGGGGGAUAGCUAGCACGGAGAGGUGACAGUAACUUCAGCACCCACCCGGGGGUAAACAGCGACAAGGCCACCCAAGUGCGGCACACUAAUCGUUUUAGUCAGAACUAGGGAUGACUGUCGCUUUUCAGUUUUAACAGAGUUGUGGAUGUUUUUACAUAUUUUUGCCCUAUGAUUGUCACGGUAGUAAGGAGGAGGUGAAUUCUCGCAGCCGCCAUCUUUGGAAACUGAUUGGGAGGAGUGGAGAACUUCGUUGGCUGACUGGUUUAUUACCCAGCUAUUGACUCGAGUCAGUUUGUUGCGCCCUUCCCUGCCUUGUUGGACAUUUGCUCCCGUUAUUCUACCUGAACCUGGCCUCUGACAGAUGCCCAUGCUCCGGCUCCUCUGGCUCCUCCCCACUGGCAGAUGAGUUGUCAGCUGCUCUGGCAUAGAUCCAGCUGCGCUCCAACGGCCAGAUAGUCCUCUGGCCCCUGCCCCCGCCCUGCCGGGAGACAGAAAACUACAUUACCCAGCAUGCCCUCCACUGUGCGGGCGGGCAGUCUGAAGGACCCGGAUGUAGCCGAGCUGUUCUUCAAGGAAGACCCUGAGAAACUGUUCUCUGACCUCAGAGAGAUAGGUCAUGGCAGCUUUGGAGCAGUCUACUUUGCGCGGGAUGUGCGAACUACCGAGGUGGUGGCCAUCAAGAAGAUGUCCUACAGCGGGAAGCAGUCCAACGAGAAAUGGCAGGACAUUGUAAAAGAGGUGAAGUUUCUCCAGAGGAUUCAACAUCCCAACAGCAUAGAGUACAAGGGCUGCUACCUACGAGAACACACAGCAUGGCUGGUGAUGGAGUACUGUCUGGGCUCCGCUUCUGAUGUUCUAGAAGUUCAUAAAAAUCCCCUUCAGGAAAUGGAGAUCGCUGCCAUUACCCAUGGUGCUUUGCAGGGGUUGGCCUACCUUCACUCCCACAACAUGAUUCACAGAGACAUCAAGGCUGGUAACAUCCUCCUGACGGAGCCAGGGCAGGUCAAGCUAGCUGACUUUGGCUCCGCCUCCAUUGCUUCGCCAGCCAACUCCUUUGUGGGGACGCCAUAUUGGAUGGCCCCAGAAGUGAUCUUGGCCAUGGACGAGGGCCAGUAUGAUGGGAAGGUGGACGUCUGGUCCCUGGGGAUUACCUGUGUAGAACUAGCGGAGAGGAAGCCUCCUCUGUUCAAUAUGAACGCUAUGAGUGCCUUAUACCACAUAGCGCAGAAUGAGAGCCCUACGCUGCAGUCCAGCGACUGGACGGAUUACUUUAGAAACUUUGUUGAUUCCUGCCUUCAGAAAAUCCCCCAGGAUAGACCCAAAUCUGACCAUCUACUAAACCAUGCGUUUGUCCAACGAGAGCGUCCAGACUCUGUUCUGAUGGAUCUGAUCCUGAGGACCAAAGAGGCGGUCAGGGAGCUGGACAACCUGCAGUACCGUAAGAUGAAGAAGAUCCUGUUCCAGGAAGCUCACAACGGACCACAGGCUGAGACACAGGACGGAGACGAGGAGGUGGAGCACGGUGCAGGUCGUACAGACACAGUGAACAGUGUGGGCAGUAACCAGUCCAUCCCCAGUAUGUCUAUCAGCUCCCAGAGCAGCUCAGUCAACAGUCUGAAUGAAGCAGCACAGGACGACCGCAGUGAGCUGGACCUGAUGGAGGGAGACCACACGGUCAUGUCCAACAGCUCUGUCAUACACCUCAAACUGGAGGAAGAGGAGGGUUACCAUGGUGACCCAGAGGUGCAGGGCCAUCCCACUGAGACCCCGGUCGCUCAACCCCCAAGGAAACACUACAGAGAACGCAACAGAGAACACUUCGCUACCAUACGGACUGCCUCACUGGUGACUCGUGAGAUGCAGGAGCACGAGCAGGACAGUGAGCUGAGAGAGCAGAUGUCCGGCUAUAAGAGGAUGAGACGGCAGCACCAGAAGCAUCUGAUGGGUCUGGAGAACAAGCUGAAGGCUGAGAUGGAUGAGCAUCGACUCCGUCUGGACAAAGAGCUGGAGAGCCAGAGGAACAGCUUCGCCCAGGAGAUAGAGAAACUGGUCAAGAGACACCAGGCCGCUAUGGAGAAAGAUGCAAAGACAUUUAACAACGAUGAGAAGAAGUUCCAGCAGCACAUUCAGGUCCAGCAGAAGAAAGAACUCAGCAGCUUCCUGGAGUCUCAGAAACGAGAGUACAAACUUCGCAAGGAGCAGCUUAAAGAGGGACAGGCCCUACUUCGCGCCCCUCGUUCGAGCCCAGUGAGGGAAAGGAACAGGGAUGGAAGCAACACUGUUACAUUGACGCUGUUGACCCGGAUCACUCAGUUGGGCUAUGCCCGGCUGCUGGGGUUGCUGCGGAGACCAGGUCAAAGGAGGGAGUUGAGUGAGAACCAGUCGACCCCUAAGAAGGAGAAGCAGGAGUGGCUGUCCAAGCAGAAGGAGAACAUCCAGCACUUCCAGGCUGAGGAGGAAGCCAACUUGUUGAGGAGACAGCGGCAGUACCUGGAGCUGGAGUGUCGACGCUUCAAACGGAGGAUACUCAUAGCCAGGCACAACGUGGAGCAGGACCUGGCACGAGAGGAGUUGAAUAAGCGUCAGACCCAGAAGGACUUGGAGCAUGCCAUGCUGCUCAGACAUCACGAGUCCAUGCAGGAGCUGGAGUUCAGACAUCUGGGAACCAUCCAGAAGAUGAGGGCGGAGCUUAUCAGGACGCAGCACCAGACGGAACUGACCAAUCAGCUGGAGUACAACAAGAGGAGGGAGAGAGAGCUGAGACGCAAACACGUCAUGGAGGUCCGACAGCAGCCCAAGAGUUUAAAGUCUAAGGAGAUGCAGAUUAAGAAGCAGUUCCAGGACACGUGUAAGAUCCAGACCCGUCAGUACAAGGCCCUGAGGAACCACCUGUUGGAGAGCACUCCCAAGGCCGACCACAAGGCGGUGCUCAAGAGACUGAAGGAGGAGCAGACCAGGAAACUGGCCAUCCUGGCCGAGCAGUAUGACCACUCCAUCAACAACAUGCUGUCCACACAGGCUCUGCGAUUGGACGAGGCCCAGGAAGGGGAGUGUCAGGUACUGAGGAUGCAGCUGCAGCAGGAGUUGGAGCUGCUGAACGCCUACCAGAGUAAGAUCAAGAUGCAGACAGACGCCCAGCACGACAGAGAGAGGAAGGAUCUGGAGCAGAGAGUGUCGCUCCGCAGGGCUCUACUGGAACACAAGAUUGAGGAGGAGAUGCUGUCUCUGCAGAAAGAGCGUGUGGAGCGCAUCAGGUCCCUGUUGGAGCGCCAGGCCAGAGAGAUAGAGGCCUUUGACUCAGAGUCCAUGAGACUAGGCUUCAGCAACAUGGUCCUGUCUAACCUGCAGGGCUCUGGCUCAGACACACAGGGCAGCCCAGGGGGGUGGGGAGGAGGGGGGUCCGGACUGUCUCAUCAUGGUCACAGCCACCACCAGGGGGGGUCCAGCUCCCAGCAGCCGUGGGGUCACCCUGUGCUCGCUGGAGGCCCCCCUCCCUGGAGCCUGCACCAGCCCUCUGGAGGGGGGAGUCAGAGGGGGAGUGUGGGAGGGGUGGUGGGGGGGAGGAACAGCCCCCAGGCAACGAGGAGGGCGUCGACGUCAGGAGGGGGGCGGAGCGAACAGGCUAUGAGCAUGAGCGCCAGCAUCACCUCUCAGAUCUCCAACGGAUCACACCUGUCAUACACCUAGACACACACACACCUAGACACACACACACACACACCUAGACACACACACACACACACACACACACACCUAGACACACACA